UCAUGACUUGUUGUCCUGUUUCCUAGCCAGAUACACCAGUUGACAAGGACAUCGACAUUCGCCAUGGCUCCGAGAGGACGGCCGAAGAGGCUGUCUACAACCCAGUCUACACCUUCAACCUCGAAGAUCGCCACUCCAGAUACAUCGGUUCCCCCAUCCAGUGUCCCUUCCAGGAGAAGUACUAGAAAUAUGAAAACAACCAUUGAGAUACCAGACUCUGAUGAGCCUGAACCGAUUCAAGCACAAACCGGAAGUAGUGCAGGUCCUAUCUUCCAAGGAGUUUUCCUCCCAAACCCACCCUCAGCGGCUUCUCUAUUUCGAACCAUCACGGCUCCAUCUUCCAUCUCAGAUUCUCUUGAAUCUUCCAAUUAUGAUACACCUGCCACAUCCACUGUGCCUACUCCUGCCUUGGCCGAUCAGAAGAACUCUAGAACCAGAAAUGGCGCCACAGCUCGUGCAUUGGAGCUGAAGUCGUCUGACUUUGCUCUCGGACCCAGAAACAAUAACAAGCGUAAGAGAUCAGAAUAUGAUGAAGAUCUCAUCGAUGCCCAAGCACUGGCUUCCGCCGAAUUGGCUGCAAAACUCCAAGCCGAGGAGUACAACGUCGAUUCUGACGAUUCUGACUCGACCCCAUUAUGGUCAAAGCGACCUAGGCUGGCUACAAACACCAUCACUGGUCUAGAUAGCCGCGAUGAUGACAUUCCCAUGCCAUCUAGGACUAAGGCCCGAGCUACGAGCCGCCAGCAAGACCGGCCUCUAACUCUUCAAGAGAUUAUUGACCAGGAUGACAGUAGUGAUGAUGAUAUUCCAUUGUCCUCAAGAUCGAAGGCUCGAGCCACAAGACAACAAUCAGCAAAGGGCAAAAUGCGAAUGGUCGAGUCUGACGCCUCGUCAAUUCUCAGUGACGUUCCCGACAGCGACGAAGAUUCGGAUGAUGCUGAGGACUAUUCGAUGCUGGGCACAGAGGAUUCAGAUGUGCAAAGCGUUGGGUCCGGUAUGAUAGCUCAUACCCAGCACACCACCCGUCAAGUCCAACAGGCCAGAUCAGUGCGCCGGAGACACCGUGACAUAUCUCGCCAGGAUCAUGAGCGGAAGAGGCUGGAAAAGGCGCACCCAGAAAUCGUCACCAUGUGGGAUGAUCUGAAGAAUAUCUCUCCUAUCAAGCCUGUGCAAGCUAUUCAACCCGAUGGAAUUAGCAGAAAAUUGAAAAACUUCCAGCUUGAAGGUCUUGAUUGGAUGGUCAAACAAGAACAGUCCAGAUGGAGGGGAGGAUUACUCGGCGACGAAAUGGGCAUGGGCAAAACCAUUCAAGCUGUUAGUCUGAUCAUGUCGGAUUGGCCCGCUAAAGAGCCUACGCUGGUCAUAGUACCACCAGUCGCUCUUAUGCAGUGGCAAGCAGAGAUCGGAGACUAUACCAGUGGCAAGCUCAAGGUCCUCGUCUACCACGUCUCUGCCAACCCCAAAUGCAAGUUGCUCACCAAGAAGGAUCUUAAGAAGUACGACGUCAUCAUGGUAUCAUACUCUGGCCUCGAGUCCAUGUUUCGCAAGCAGCACAAAGGCUGGAAUAGAAAUGAUGGGAUUGUCAAAGAGGACAGCAUUCUGCACUCGAUCAAAUACCAUCGUCUCAUUCUGGACGAAGCACACAGCAUCAAAUCGAGGACUGCCAGCGUUGCAAAGGCCUGUUUUGCCCUCAAAGCAGAUUACAAGUGGUGCUUGUCCGGCACUCCAGUGCAGAACCGCAUUGGCGAGUUCUUUUCUCUGCUUCGAUUUCUCGAGGUCACCCCAUUCGCCUGUUACUUUUGCAAACAAUGUGCCUGCAAGCAACUGCACUGGUCACAAGAUGAGCAAAAGAAGUGUAAUACUUGCAAGCACAGCGGCUUUAACCACGUCUCUGUCUUCAACCAGGAAAUCCUCAAUCCUAUCACAGGCAAUGAAUCGCAUAAGCGAAAACAAGGUCUCGAAAAGUUACGCUUGAUCACUGACCGCAUAAUGCUACGGCGCAUGAAACGAGAUCAUACAUCAUCCAUGGAACUACCACCCAAGGACAUUAUCAUUCAUAAUGAAUUCUUCGGCGAGAUCGAACGAGACUUUUCUCAGAGCAUCAUGUCCAACUCUACCCGCAAGUUUGACACAUAUGUUUCCCAGGGUGUUAUGCUGAACAAUUAUGCCAACAUCUUUGGCCUGAUCAUGCAAAUGCGACAAGUUGCCAAUCACCCCGACUUGAUUCUGCGAAAGAAUGCUCAAGGUGGACAAAACGUUCUCGUUUGUUGCAUAUGUGACGAGCCUGCCGAAGAAGCCAUUCGAUCUCGCUGCCGUCAUGAAUUCUGUCGCCAGUGUGCCAAGUCUUACGUGCAGUCAUUCAGUGGAGGCGGCGGAGACGCUGACUGCCCACGAUGCCACAUUCCACUAGCCAUUGACUGGGAUCAACCUGAGAUCGAGCAGGACGAGGAGAAUGUCAAAAAGUCAUCCAUCAUCAACCGAAUUAAAAUGGAAGAUUGGACCUCGUCCACCAAAAUUGAGAUGCUCGUUUACGAUCUCUACAAGCUUCGUAGCAAGAAACAGACGCACAAGAGCAUUGUGUUUUCUCAAUUCACUUCUAUGCUACAGUUGGUGCAAUGGCGUCUCCAGAAAUCUGGCUUUAGCACAGUCCUUCUCGAUGGCAGCAUGAGUCCAGCUCAACGCCAAAAGUCAAUCGACUAUUUCAUGAACAACGUCGACGUCGAGGUGUUUCUUGUAUCACUCAAAGCUGGUGGAGUCGCUCUCAAUCUCACCGAAGCCAGCAGAGUGUAUAUUGUCGAUCCAUGGUGGAAUCCUGCCGCGGAAUGGCAAUCAGCUGAUCGUUGUCACCGAAUUGGUCAACGCCGACCUUGCGUCAUCACCCGUCUUUGCAUUGAAGAUUCAGUUGAGUCGCGAAUGGUUCUUCUUCAAGAGAAGAAAGCAAACAUGAUCAACGGCACGGUUAACAACGACCAAGUUGCGCUUGACAAAUUGACACCAGAGGACAUGCAAUUUCUAUUUCGUGGAACUUGAUGAAAGUCGGAGCCCCGACUUCGACUUCUGUCAGGGUCCUUUGUAUCUUGUGACGAUUUCAUUCGGACAAGUUUUGCUUCUGCGAGGACAACGAUGGAUAUUAUGAUGGAAGCCUCAACGUGUACCACAGUUUGGUGUCACAAGGAAUGAAUGGUGUGCUACGAUACUACGAGAAACUGAGCACUGAGCAUGAAAUCAGUACCAAUCAGGUUUGGUGCUGCGAGGGAGGAGCUUUUGAUUAACAGCAUUUUCUAUUGGCAUGGAUACUGUAUAUUAUACCGUCCAGGUGGUCUUGGUUUUUGUGUUCGUGAUGGAAGUCAUUGAACAUCAGAGCAAGGCACCACGUUCGGGGAGGGGCUGACAAGUGGCUAGAGCAUUUUCCUUGAGGUGUAGUGCUGUUGAGAUACCAACUUAGGGAGGACACCGGAGCUUAUACAUCAGCAACAUCGCACUGGAGAGAAGUGCAUAGGGCCUCAGGGCACUGGAAAGGCAAAUGUGGAUAGCAUACAGAACAUCCA